AGUGCCCUACACGGACCAUCCUUCUCACUGCAGCCCAAGAGCAUUGUUUUUCCAGUUGAUUCCAUGGAUAAUAAAGUUGCUUUUAAUUGUGAAGCAAAAGGCAAUCCACCACCGUACUACAGGUGGAGAUUAAAUGGAACAGUCAUUGACCCCGGAAUGGAUUACCGCUAUAGUUUGGUUGGAGGCCACUUGCAUAUCAAAAAUCUGAAUAAAGACCAAGACGUUGGAAAAUUCCAGUGUGUGGCAUCAAAUACUGUUGGAACCAUUGUCAGCAAAGAAGCCAUACUUCAGUUUGCAUAUUUAGAACACUUCAAGACGCAGACAAGAAGUACUGUUUCUGUGCGUGAAGGACAAGGAGUUGUGCUGCUGUGUAGUCCACCACCCCAUUCUGGAGGACUCAUGUAUUCCUGGAUCUUCAAUGAACACCCAGCAUUCGUACAGCAAGACACACGUCGCUUUGUUUCACAGGACACUGGAAAUAUGUACAUAGCUAAAGUGGAGCCUUCAGAUGUGGGCAAUUACACCUGUGUGGUAACAAACACAGUUACAAAUAGCAGAGUGCAAGGCCCAACUACCCCUCUUGUGCUGCGCACUGAUGGGGUGAUGGGGGAAUAUGAGCCAAAGAUAGAAGUUCACUUUCCAGAGAUUGUUCCUGUGGCCAAAGGUUCGACAGUGAAACUGGAGUGUUUUGCUCUGGGAAACCCAGUUCCCACCAUCAGCUGGAGGAGAGCUGAUGGACUCCCCUUCUCAAGAAAGGUGGAACCAAACAAAUCCAGUGGGGUCCUUGAAAUCCCAUAUUUCCAGCAGGAUGAUGAGGGUUCAUAUGAAUGCAUUGCUGAAAACUCAAGAGGAAAGAAUGUUGCAAAAGGAAGACUGACUUUCUACGCACAGCCUCACUGGGUUCAGAAACUGAAUGAUGCCCACCUGCCUAUAGAAACGGGUCUUCUGUGGGAGUGCAGAGCAAUGGGGAAGCCCAAUGUCUCCUACAGGUGGCUGAAGAAUGGGGAACCUCUGGAGCCGUUACAGGUUAGAAGGGAAAGGAUUCAAGUAAGAAAUGGAGUCCUGGCCAUCAAUAGUGUAAGCCUUUCGGAUUCAGGAAUGUAUCAGUGUGUUGCUGAGAAUAAGCAUGGAGUGAUAUAUUCCAAUGCUGAACUGCAAGUAUCAGCAAUACCACCAGAUUUUAUCCAUAAUCAGUUGAAGAAACUAACCAUGGCUAUUGAGGGAGGAGAAGUUGUCAUUGAGUGCAAGCCAAGAAUGUCUCCCAAAGGAGUGAUCUCCUGGAGGAAAGGGAACGAGGACCUCAGAAAGAACAAGAGGAUUACCAUUUUGGAAGAUGGAAGUCUCAGAAUAACUAAUGUGACUAAGUCUGAUGAUGGCAGUUACACCUGUGUUGCAAGAAACCAGUUUGGCGGAGCAAGCAGUCGAGGAAGCCUGGUGGUAAAAGAUCCAACAGUUAUUACAUUCCCACCUUCUAACAUGGAUGUGACUGUCGGGGAAAGUAUAGUGCUUCCAUGCCAGGUGUCACAUGACCACUCCUUAGCCAUCACGUUUAUCUGGACUUAUAACGGACAGCUCAUUGAUUUUAAAAGAGAUGGAGAUUACUUUGAAAAAGUUGGUGGGCAGCAUUCUGCAGGUGAUAUGAUGAUCCGAAACAUACAAGUGAAACAUGCUGGGAAGUAUGUGUGUAUGGUACAGACCAGCGUGGACACAGUAUCUGCAGGGGCAGACCUAGUUGUAAGAGGACCCCCAGGACCACCGGAGGGCAUAGAAGUAGAAGAAAUCACUGAUACAAUGGCUCUGCUUUCCUGGAAGCCAGGUCUGGAAAAUCAUAGUCCAAUAACCACUUACACUAUCCAGGCAAGAACACCAUACUCUGUGGGCUGGCAGGCUGUCACAACAGUUCCUGAAGUCAUUGAUGGGAAAAAGUUCACGGCUAAAGUGGAGAAUCUCAACCCGUGGGUGGAGUAUGAAUUCCGUGUGGUAGCCAACAAUGCCAUUGGAACUGGAGAAGCCAGUGUACCAUCAAAGAAAUCAAGAACUAAAGAAGCCUUUCCGAAGGUCACCCCAGCUAAUGUUAGUGGUGGAGGAGGCAGCCAAUCUGAAUUAGUGAUCACUUGGGAGCCUGUACCUGAAGAACUACAGAACGGAGGAGGGUUUGGUUACGUCGUUGCCUUCCGACCUCUCGGCGCUACAAGCUGGAUGCAAGCUGCAGUGACCUCUGCUGAUGCCUCCAGAUACGUCUUCAAAAAUGAAAGCAUACCACCGUUUUCCCCUUAUGAAGUGAAAGUGGGCGUGUACAACAAUAAAGGGGAAGGUCCUUUCGGCCCCUUAGUCACAAUAUAUUCUGCCGAAGAAGAACCCAGUAGAGCACCAAAUAAAAUCAAAGCUAAGAGCCUGUCUGCUUCUGAAAUGGAAGUGUCGUGGAAACCACUUCCUUGGAACACAAGUAAAAGGAGGGUUCUAGGUUAUGAGCUGCGGUACUGGGAUCAGGAAGGCAGAGAGGACGCUGCAAGGAGUGUGAGGAAACUAGGAAAUAAAACGUCUUCAGCGGUCAUUCGCGGAGUAAAGGGAAGCACUCUCUAUUACAUCACAGUGAGAGCAUACAAUAGUGCCGGGGUGGGGCCGGGCAGUGACACGGUGAAUGUCACCACCAAAAAACCACCACCGAGUCAACCACCUUUAAAUAUUCUGUGGAAUUCCUCACACUCAAAGAUCAUCCUGCACUGGGAUCAAGUAAAAGCACUGGAAAACGAAUCAGAAGUGACAGGAUAUAAAGUAUUAUACAAACGAAACAGACAAAGCCGUAGAAAUGUAAUAGAAACCAAUACAACAUCAGUGGAGCUCUCUCUUCCCAGUGAUGAAGAAUAUAUUGUACAGAUACAGCCUUUAAGUGAUGGAGGUGAAGGAAGCAGCAGUAAACUGAUCACCAUUCCAAGAAUAUUAGGUCCGGAUGCAGUGGGUUCAGCAUCAAAGGUCUCCACGCUAUCAGCCCUUAGCACAAUAGUGCUCUCCUUCACAGCCAGGUCGACCUUAUGACACAUAUUAUAUUGUGGACUUUGUAUUUGUUGUGGAGGCAGCACUAUAAACACUUCAAACGAGUACUGAAGAAAAUUCUAGUAGCAACUAACACUGCUGUUAUCAAUAGACCCUAUGUUUAGGCUUUAGAAACGGGCGUACAGAAAACAAAUUGGCUUGUCUAAUGUUUCCUUGCAGAACCUGAAAUGCACUGAAACAUCUUAAAUAUGUUGUUACCAAAGGAGCUUUCAUAAAUGGUUCUUAUAUGCAUAUUUUGUAUGACGUAUUUAGCUUUUUAUAGAUUACUUUAAGUGUGCUAAUGAACUGAGCAGGUUGUUUGCAUUUCUCAUGUAAAUGUACAGGUUAUGGUUGUGUAUUAAUACUAGCUGCCAUGUGUAACAAGAGGUAACCCUUAUUCUUUAAAUAUGUAGAUACAGGAUUGUUGAGUUCUGGUACCCUUUUAAAAACAUAAAACUGUUUAAAAUGAUGUAUAAAACAUUCCCUCCAGUACAGUGUGUGAACAAAUUAUGCCAGUACAAGUGCAAAUAUUAAAACAUUUUCCAGGAACAAAAAAUCCACUACCAUCCUUUGAAUGUAGGUGUAUUAUUAU